GAGCGGAAGCGGAGUGUGAGGGACAAGAGUAAAAUCCCCACAAGCCGGGAACCAACCUUGUUGCUGUUUCCCAGCUCAGGCCUUUCUUCAUCCCGACCUGGAGGCUGCUUCGCGAGCGCGGGACGCAGCUGACGCCCGCUAAACGGCUUUCUUUGCGCCGCCCCAGCUCGGAAGCCAGCUGGCGUCGGCAACAGAGAAGAGAAGCCCACAAGGCAAGAGUUAAUUGUGAGUUGGCGGCAACCUUGCUGAAGAUGAAGAAUAUACAUUAGAGGAGAUUUUUUUCUUUCACGUCUUGAUUGCCUGGUGACUUUGCCUCUAGGUACCAUUUUUCAGUUGAGUCUGUUUGGUUCCUCAGAAAUGGUUUUUACAAUCUCAAGAAAAUCUAUGUCCCAGAAAUUGAGUUUACUCUUGCUUGUAUUUGGACUCCUUUGGGGAUUGAUGUUACUGCACUAUAUUUUUCAACGACCAAGACAUCAAAGCAGUGUCAAGUUACGUGAGCAGAUACUAGAUUUAAGCAAAAAAUAUGUUAAAGCCCUAGCAGAGGAAAAUAAGAACACGAUGGAUGUCGAGAAUGGCGCUUCUAUGGCAGGAUAUGCGGAUCUAAGAAGAACAAUUGCUGUCCUUUUGGAUGACAUUUUACAGCGUUUGGUAAAGCUGGAGAACAAAGUCGACUAUAUUGUUGUGAACGGCUCAGCAGCUAGCACUACCAGUGGUACUAGUGGGAAUCCAGUGCCACUGGCCACAAAUAAAAGGAUAAAAGCAUCAGGCAGCAUUAGAUAGCAGUUGAAGAUCACCUCGUGCUGCUGCAUUCACCAUGGAUUAUAUCCUAUGGCAGAAAAUCACUGGCUAGCAUAGAGUAAUACUUUACAAUAAAAGCUCUACGCAUUUUCAAGGAAUAUGCUGGAUUCAUGGAACUUUAAUUCUGUAUAUAAUUUAAAAGUUAUUAGUUUGCUUUCAGGCACAUCUCUUCAAUGCUGUACUAUAGCCUUAAAAGGAAUUUGGUAACAUGGUUGAUGUAGUAAGCAGGUAGGUGAUCUUUGUAUAAAUCUUUGUGUUUGAGACCAAGUUGAAACAAAAACACUGAAAGACGGAUUCAUUUCUACAAAAUAUUUAUUUAAAUAUAUAACAUAUUUUUUAGACAAAUGAGGAAUAUUGUUAUUGAAUCGUUUUGUCAUUUGUUAUGGAUAGAUGUGACUGUUGGACUAAUACUAUUAGAAAAUGUGCUUACUUCCAGUACUUACUAUAUUUUGUUAUUCAGAUUAUGAGCAGAGAGAAAGGAAGUAUAAUGUUGAAAAUAGUGUUUUGAAAUGAUGACCCAAAGAAUGUCUUCAUUUGCACUAUCCCUUCAGAAUAACUGAAGGUUAAUUAUUGUAUAUUAAAAAAAAUUACAUUUGUAAGAGUAUAAUCUUGAAAUGGGUAGUAGCCACUGUUCGUAAACUAUUCUAAACAUUGGGGCAAUUAAAUAACAUUAAAAUAGUAAUCUCCAAUCUCGUAUGUAACAUUUUCUUAUAUACUUGUAUUCUGAAGAAUGAAAGAUAUUUUUAUGAUGAGAUUAAAUAUUAAUUCAUGAUUUUUCAUAUAGAUGAAUGUUAAUUUAAAAAUAUAACACUUUGAGUGAUUAUGCUGUCAAGAAAGCACAUUAUUUCCAUAUUUGGGUAAUUUUUGCUUUUAUUAUAUUGACAAGGGAGCGGGAAACAGAUAUUUGUGAGACUGGAACUCUUAAGGACUUUAGCCAGAUGUGUAUAAUAAAAGUAUUUGUGUUGCAUUAAAUUGUUUGUAAAAUGUUAACAUUAUAGUAUAUAGAAUAUAUACUCUUUAUGAAAUGUUGGAUUUGUAUGAUAUAUAGUAGAUAUUCAUUUUAUGUAGUGACCACUUAAAAAUAAGAGCAUUUAAAAUGUAAUUUAAAUUAUGAAGAUGGACUAUCUUUUCAGGAAAACAGCUAUUCUAUAUAUAGCACAAGAGAGCUCAAUCUUGGGUAAUUCUAGUAUAGAGCAAAGUACACCUUUAUUUAAAUUUUCCUUGUUGCAAAUUUAAUUGCCGUAUGGUGCCCUAUGUUUCAUAGUAUUUAUUCUCUAAGUGCAGCUAGCUUCUAGAUUUAGACUGUAUUGUAUUUAGUUUUGGAAAUUGUAUUGUUCAUUAUUACAAUGUGCUACCAGAUGUGGUAGCAAUAAUUAUACUGGUUUAUUAAAGUAAGUAUGAGAAAAUACUUCUUGAAGGUAUCUUUGCAGACUCUUCCCUGUACCCUGCCAUUAUGUGAAGAAAUUAUUUACAUACCGUUUCCAAGUGAAGUUUGGAAUAGUUGUUCAGUCUCUCAUUAGAUGUGUACAUUUUUUGUUUUUGUUUUCAGGGAUGAAAUAAAAUGUAUUAUUUGUA